AUGAGCCUCUCACUUCCGUUCCGACCCUCCGACGACCCUGCUCAGUCGUUAUCGAAACCGAUCAGCCUCUCCAAAUCGAACAGUCUCCGCCGCCUAUCCCCGUCUCCCUCCAUCUCACACACCCGUACGCCGAGCGAUUCCCGCUCCUUCCUGCGACAGCGCUCCGUGGAAAAUGUCGCCGGCAUUUCGGCCCCGGGCUCCAAACCUCGGCGGUACAAGUCGCAGUACCCUCGUGAUUCCUCCGACCGCCAUGUCGAAUACAUCCUCGUCGCUUCCUUCCACAUUGACCGGGGUCCGAUCAUGGAGCACCAGUACCCGGCUCCCAUUAGCGGCGACGAAAGCAUGUUGGCAGAGCUGAUGCUUCCGGAUCAGACCCACGUGCGGAGCCAGGAUUGGACGAUCUUCUUCCUUCACAAGGAUACGAGUGCCGACGAAGAUGACGAUUCCGUGACCGGAAAGCCGAAGAAGAAAAAGAAAAAGAAGGCGGACCGGUCUCCGGUCGAUGGCGACCUGGAGAGUCUGGAUGAGGAUGUCGACGAGGCCAGCGACGAUGACGAGGAGAGUAGUGACGAGGAGGAGGGUGGCGAAGGCCCGCCUCUGAUGUAUGUCCUCAAUCUUGUAAAUACGAAGCAGGAUAACUCGGUAAAACGAGGUGCGGUGGUUAAGGCCAUGGCCAUAUGUACACGCCACUCGUUUCUUCAUAUAUAUAAGCCCCUACUCCUCCUGGCUUUAGAAGAUUACUUCAAAUCCCCCUAUCCCGAAACCUUGGCCUCGCUGUACGAUGCUGUGAACAACAUGGACCUCUCGUUGAUGCCCAAAAUGUCUCUCCUGGAACGACAAAUAUUGCAGGCCAGUAACUCUAAAGACAUAUUUCUUGAAAAGUUCGAGCAAAUGGUCCAGCAGCGGAUGGCUGACGAAGGCCGGCCUGACUACGACCUCGAAUCUCCACCGUCCCCGAAGAGGCCAGCGCCGCCCCGGUAUGCGCUCCCCCGAGAUACGCAUGAGUACGAAUCCAAAGUCGUCUACAACGAUAUCCCGAUUCCGGUCAAAGUGCCGACCGUGAUCUGGCCCGAAAUCGUCGGCGACUUUUCCUUGAUCAAGCUCGUCCAAACCUUCUCCGGCCCUCAUUCCACGACGCCCCAGCCAUUCCCGAUUCACCCCCAUCUCACCACCAGUGGCCCUUAUACUCAUCCGAUCAUCGUUCUCGUGAACGCAAUGCUGACCCAGAAACGGGUGGUAUUCCUGGGUCACAAUCGUCCCUCGGGAGAGGUGGCGGAGGCCGUGCUGGCUGCCUGUGCCAUCGCCUCAGGCGGAAUUCUUCGUGGAUUCACAAGACAUGCCUUCCCUUACACUGACCUGACCAAGAUUGAUGACCUCCUGAAAGUGCCGGGCUUCAUCGCCGGCGUGACGAAUCCCACCUUUGCAAACCAUCCCGAGUGGUGGGAUCUCCUCUGCGAUCUCCCGACCGGCCGAAUGAAGAUCAGUAGCCAUAUUGAGCCGGCGCCGGUCACCGAAGGUCUGCUGUAUUUCCAACAGCAGACUACAGUGAACUACCAUCCUGCAAACGCCCAAACUGAUCCCACGGGCGACAAUCUGUUCAUGGAAGAUGUGCAGCGAGGUAUCACCAAUCGGUAUGGGGAGAAUGCCAUCCGAGCGAAAUGGCGCGCCUACAUCACCAAGUUUGCGCGCGUGGCUGCUGCCUUCGAGGAGACUGUUUACGGUGCAUCCAAUCUGCACAUAAUCGGUCCCAACGAGGAGUUGUCACCCGAAAGCCCCAGCGGGCUCCAGGCCGAUCCUCUCGAUCCGACCACACUGCGCGGGCAUGGUUACGUCUGGCCCGACGAGGGUUCCAAGCAACGGGAACUGUUGGCUUCCGUUUCCAGGAUUGAGGGAUGGCGGACCACGCGAUCUUACUACUCCUUCAUUCAAGACAUUGCCGCCAUGUAUUAUCCUGCGCGACCAAUCCAAAAACCCGACUUGGCCCACCAUCAUGACCGACUGCGGGCCCUGAAGCUCCCCGCCCAGGAGGCAGGGGCCAUCUACAUCGCCUUUGCCCACGCAGUCAAGGAUUAUGCCGGCAUCUGUCAGCUCCUCACCGUCACCCCGGAAAGCCAAGCCGGCCUCUUCUACCUGAGCAUGGGUCUCUUCCAUUCCGAUCAGACUGUGCGCGAAGCGACCGUAGAUCUGCUCGAACGGAUCGCCGCUCAUCCGGCAGGUCGGCACUUCUGGUCCCAGCUCAACCGCUUUGCAAAGCUCGCCUUCUUCCGGGUCAAACGGGAGCGAGAAAGCGCGCAAAGCCCGAUCUCGCUCCCCGAAACGGCGACGACGGCAACGGGGUUCGGCGAGCCCCAAAGUCUCGUCGGAGUCGCGCUGGGCAGCAGCGGUAUACCGAGACCAAGUUGA